UUCUGCAUAGGAGUAACAUAAAUACAAGCUAGACAACAGCACCUCCUCCUCUCAGCUCUCAAGGCCCAUUAUAACCAAGUCAAGCCAGUGAAAUGAGCAUCACUUUGGUUUGAUUGAGUUUUAUUUUGUUCCUCUACUGAGUAAAUAACGUUGUAUUGAAGUCAUAUCUGUAGUCGGUCUGAGCAGGAAGUGUCGGGUCAACGUUUGGUUGUGCAGUUGGUCAGUAUGUGUGGAAGUGUAUCCAGACUUGCUCUGCUUCUGGUGCUGUGGGGUCUAUUCACAGCUGUUGACGUGACCCAAGAGAAAACAUUGGAGACAGGAGGAGCAGAUGCCACUCUUCUCUGCCCAAACCAAACUCUCACUGACAUCAUUACUGUAGUAUGUCACAAAAUAAGAGGUAUAAGUGAGGGUCAUGAGUGUAGAGUUUCACAAGACUUUGAAACAAAUCAUACCAACAGCUCUUGUGACCCCAGAGUCACACUGCAGAUAGAGAAUGACAGAGUGUUUCUACACAUCACCAACAUACAACCAUCUGAUGAAGGGAACUACACCUGUGAUUGUACAUAUUAUAAAGGCAGUUCUGAUAUAAACAUACAUAUUUCUGUCAAUGGAACCCAAGUGCAACAGGCCACAGACAACAGUCUCUUCUAUUGGGGGAUGAUAACAGGCGUUGCAGCAUGUGUAGCUGUCCUGGUGUUUGGUGGCGUAAUCAUGAGGAAAAUUCAUCUCAGGAGAACACAGCUACAAGUGUCUGGAACCGUCAACGAGGUGCCACAACACUGCUUGCUGUUGCCUGUUAGUCAGAUGAAGGCAUCUGGGUCCUCAUUUAUAACCGUUGCGUGCAACGGUUGCGUACAAUGCGUGCGCCAUUUCUGAAAAUACCGCACACGUACAAAAAUAUUGAGAUGUAUAAACUUGCCGGAUGCCAUACAUACGCAUGUUUCCCAUUAUAAAUCAGACCCAUUCUGAACCUGUUCAAGCGUGAAUGAGCAUUAAAAUCCGCCUGAAAAACGUCCAUAAUUGACCUUUUAUGGUGACA